ACUGGUUGACGUUGACAGUUUGGAGGACACUUCCUGAUGCUGCUGCCCCGGUCUAGCUAGGGUAGCUAAAUAGAUUAGAUUUUCAGGGUUUGGGGGAAACCCGUGAAAUACAUCGUGGUCAAGUCGCCUGGUUCAGUGGUGGGAGCAGAAGAGGUCAGACGGCACCAUGAACGGCCAGCUGGACCUGAGCGGUAAGCUGAUCAUCAAAGCCCAGUUGGGUGACGACAUCCGACGUAUUCCCAUCCAUAAUGAAGACAUUACCUAUGAUGAGCUGGUGCUGAUGAUGCAGCGUGUCUUCAGGGGCAAGCUGCAGAGUAACGACGAGGUCACAAUCAAAUACAAGGAUGAAGAUGAUGACCUUAUUACUAUUUUUGACAGCUCUGACCUGUCGUUCGCCAUCCAGUGCAGUAGAAUACUCAAACUGACUUUGUUUGUUAAUGGUCAGCCGCGGCCUUUGGAAUCCAGUCAGGUGAAGUACCUGCGCAGGGAGCUCAUUGAGCUCAGGAAUAAAGUCAACAACCUCCUUGAUACCCUGGAGCCCCCCACAGAGCCUGGUCUGGCUGCUACAGCACCAGACAGUGAAUCAGUGGAUGGACGUGAAGGAAAAGUUGUGGCAGCUGACCCCACAGUAAAACAGGCCACUCCAGUCAGUGCAGCUAGCAUGUCAGCCUUCGACCCAUUAAAAAACCAGGAUGAGGUCAACAAGAAUGUCAUCUCUUCUUUUGGCCUGAGCGAGGACCAGGCCCCAGUUCCCCCAGCAGUUGCAGCAGAGGAGCGCUCAGGAACCCCUGAUAGUAUUGCUUCUUCCUCAUCUGCAGCACCUCAGCCAGGAGUGCCACCCCAGCCACAGGCUCCGUAUCCUGGAGUGCAGCAGGGACCCCCAGCGAGCAUGGAUGGUCAAGUGUACCAGCAAUACCAAGCUCCAGGUGGAUACCCUCCUCAACAGCCAGGUGCCCCACCUCAGCAGCAGUAUGGUGUGCAGUACCCAGCAGGAUACAGCCCUCAGCCCGGCGCCCCUCCACAGCCACAGCAGCAGUUCCAGAACUACGCUCCUCCCUCUUCACAGGCUUCAGCUCCUGGUGCAGCGCCAGCUCAAGGCUUCCAAGGAGGGCAGCAGCAGCAGACCCAUCCACCUCAGGGAGGCCAGCAGUAUCCACCAGGAGCUUUCCCGCCACAAAACUACACCUCCCAGGCUGGCCAGCCUGCUAACUACAGCAUGCCGCCCAGCUCCCAGCCUGCCUCAGGGUACCAACCCCGCCCAGGAUACACCCCACCUCCAGGCAGCACUGUCACCCCUCCACCUGGAGUUGCCAACCCGUAUGCCCGAAACCGCCCCCCUUAUGGCCAGGGCUACACUCAACCAGGGCCUGGGUACCGGUAAAAGGAGGAUAACAGAUGUUACGGAUCCCAUCAUCAUCCUAUGUGGCUCCAGCUGUUUGACAUGGGUGCAGGAAUCAGGUUUACUGUUCUGCACCUCCCCACCCCCACCCCCUUGUACAAUUAUCAAAUCCAAAUAUUAAAAAAAAAAGCACCCUCCCCCUCGAGUCUGAUGGUUAGUGUUUGUACGCUGUCGAUCCAACACACCACUCUGUUCUGGCCCUGGUGUGUGCUCCUUGUGUUAUUUUCCUGUCUUCUCCCGCCACUUCCGCUGUCUGCUCGGCCCUCUUGUAUCUGUCAUGGUAAAAAUGUAUCCAGUCUGUCUGCACACACCUGGAAGACCAAAACAGGCUGUUGCACAAACUGUUUGUCCUUUCCAUGGUAACGCUUCACUUGGAGAGAAAGAUCAGCAUUCAGUCUGCAUUUACUGCAAAAGUCUCCACCUGUUGUCUUGAAUUUCCUCAACAUAGAUGCAUUCAUAAAACACUAUCUCAAUGAAAAGUUACCCCUUAGUCUUGUUUUGUUUAAUUCUUUUUGAUCAAUUUCAUCACCGUGUCGGUAUUAAUGAUAUGUCAGUGAUGGUGGGAACACUAGCUAAGUGAUGGCCUAUGGGAGGUAUAGAUGCCCGUUCCAUGAAGAGGACUUCUUUUGUUUAGUUUCUAAUAUCACCUCAAGUAAAGCUAGCUAUUCCUUUUUCUCUCUUAUCACUGGUUUUUAACUAAUAUCAAAUCAAAUUGCUCCUUCAAGUGAGAUUAGUUGUUUAUGUAUAAACUGUAACAUUUUUUUCUUUAACCUAAUAAAUGAUUGAGACCCA